GGCGUCCAGGCGGCGGCGGCGGCGGCGGCGGCUCCUCAGAGUCCGGUUCAAGCUCCGGCUGCGGCUCCGGCCCGCAAUGCCCCAUUCCGUGACCCUGCGCGGGCCUUCGCCCUGGGGCUUCCGCCUGGUGGGCGGCCGGGACUUCAGCGCGCCCCUCACCAUCUCGCGGGUCCAUGCUGGCAGCAAGGCUGCAUUGGCUGCCCUGUGUCCAGGAGACCUGAUCCAGGCCAUCAAUGGUGAGAGCACAGAGCUCAUGACACACCUGGAGGCACAGAACCGCAUCAAGGGCUGCCACGAUCACCUCACGCUGUCCGUGAGCAGGCCUGAGAGCAGGAGCUGGCCCAGUGCCCCUGAUGACAGCAAGGCUCAAGCACACAGGACCCACAUCGACCCUGAGAUCCAGGACGGCAGUCCAAUAACCAGCAGGCGGCCCUCAGGCACCGGGACUGGGCCAGAAGAUGGCAGACCAAGCCUGGGAUCUCCAUAUGGACAACCCCCUCGCUUUCCAGUCCCUCACAAUGGCAGCAGCGAGGCCACCCUGCCAGCCCAGAUGAGCACCCUGCAUGUGUCUCCACCCCCCAGCGCUGACCCAGCCAGAAGCCUCCCGCGGAGCCGGGACUGCAGAGUCGACCUGGGCUCCGAGGUGUACAGGAUGCUGCGGGAGCCGGCCGAGUCCGUGGCUGCGGAGCCCAAGCAGUCAGGCUCCUUCCGCUACUUGCAGGGCAUGCUAGAGGCCGGCGAGGGCGGGGAGUGGCCAGGGCCUGGUGGACCCCGGAACCUCAAGCCCACGGCCAGCAAGCUGGGCUCUCCGUUGAGCGGCCUGCAGGGACUGCCCGAGUGCACGCGCUGUGGCCACGGCAUCGUGGGCACCAUCGUCAAGGCGCGGGACAAGCUCUACCAUCCUGAGUGCUUCAUGUGCAGCGACUGCGGCCUGAACCUCAAGCAGCGUGGUUACUUCUUUCUGGACGAGCGACUUUACUGUGAGAGCCACGCCAAGGCCCGCGUGAAGCCGCCCGAGGGCUACGACGUGGUGGCGGUGUACCCCAACGCCAAGGUGGAACUCGUGUGAGCUGGGCCUCUGCUCCCACCCCUGCUUCUUAAAGUCCCUGCUCGGCCGGUGUAAAUAUGUUUCGCCCUGUCCCUCUAAUAAAGUUCCUCUGCUCCACCUUGAA